GGUGCAUGAGUUGUGGAUCAAGUCAGCAAUAGAUUGCUGUUGUGCUUGUCCUCGCUGGGGUUCAUAUCGGCAGGAACUAUUCGAAGGAGCUUACUCGAGAGCCUUUUUUUAAUUGUUUUCUUCCUUCUUAUCUUUGUUCGUUUGAUUUAGCUCGAUGAAGCGCGCAGUUCAGGUGCUGCUUCCGCGCAGCCUCGCCGCGGCAACGCGCCCGCUCAUCUCGGUCGCCUUUUCCUGUGUAGGAGCUCUCCACAUGCCUUGCCGCGGCAUGCACGGCAAGCCCACCUCUGGCCACAAGGUGCGCACCCAGCACAGCCGUCGUUGGUGGAUGCAGUCGAAGGCACACCACCUGACCGCCAUCCCACACGAGGAGGCGCGGUCGAGACCGCACUUCCCUUCCUACAACGAAGACGUAGAUAAGCCGAUGACGGUGCCGGACGGAGCGUGUUGCUUCAACUGUGACAAGCCGAUCGCCGCGGACGACAUCAACAGCUACGUCUGGGUGCCCUCCGGCAACGCCCGUGUGCCGACGACGCAGGGCUACUUCUUUCACGUGCAUUGCUUUAAAUGCUGGAACUGUAAGUAUCGCAUUAUGCAUAAUCAGUUCUACUCAAAGGAUGGCCGAGCGUGGUGCGUGGCGUGUGCGGUGGGUCGUGACAUCCGCGUCCCGGCGCGCCGCUGGCAUACGUCAUACGUGAACACGCACCGCACCGGGUCGCGUCUGACUGGAUCAUUUUUCCCGCGCCACCGGCACCAAAUGGAGUUUGUCUUUAAUCCGAAUGAAUAG